GUGUGCUGGUAUUUUUCAACACCAAGAUUUGCGAUUAUAUUUUGUGGUGGUCGGCCAAUAAAUUGUGGUGGUCAAAAGCAAAGCAAAGAGUACACAUAAAACGAAAACGGAGAUGUUAAAAAUAAAAUAGAGAAAACGGAAACAGUAAUUUAAAUUGCGAGUGGUAAUCAAGCGGAUUAAGCGUAGUUAGAGUCCAGAACUAUUUUGGCUUUCGGUAUAACAACAACAACAAGAACAGCAAUCAACUACGCACAGACAACUGACACCAACACUUAGAACCAAUACACCGACACUGACACCGACGACCGACGUGCGAUUAACGCCCUCCCAUCGCUCCGCACUUUUGGCACCCGCACCCACACUCACUCAUACACAGACGCAUACACGCAUACACGCAUACACCUCUCUGUACACACAUUCAUCAUCAUCAUCAUCAUCAUCAUCAUCAUUAUUAUUGCACAGGCGAAGGCAGAAGGCACAUAAACACACUUAAACACUUAUCUAUAUACCGCAUUUAUCAACGCCGCCCGUCACUGCUGCCGCUGCUGACCCACCAACCACCUCCCACCACCCACCACCUCCCAAAACCCUGAUCCAUAACAUCAACUUUGUUUGCUAUUGUUGUCUGCUGCUGCUGUCAUUUGUUUUGUUUCCUUAAAUGUGAACGCACGCAGAAACACUCUCCUCUACACAUACACGCUCCCGCGAACACCUACACACAUACACACCCACACACACACACCUACGCGCAAAACACGAAGGAGCAAACAAAGACAGCUCCAAUAAGAAUAAAUAAACUAAACUGCAACAAAACAGCAGCGACCGAGAGAGACUCCAAUUGAGAGCGAAAACGAAAAGUGCAAUAACGAGUGCGAGUGGAAGAGUGCAAGCCCAACCAAUCAACGAUCGAGGGGCACAGGGGCAGCGGGGGGUGGGCAGAGGCCGUGCGUGAUAGAAAGAAACUCAAACUCUAUGGGUCAAAAGGCAAGCACACCAGCGACCAGCGGCCAGCAGAGCCCACGCUCCAGAACAUUCUCAAGCAGCUCAACGGGUGCCACUGCCACCGAGUCAACGCCGCAAGGCUCAGCGGUUGGUGGCCGGAGCGGCGAUGCCGGUCAGGGUUUCAAUUUGCUGCGCACAUUGCCCGGUCUACAGGUCUAUCAUCAUCAUCACAAUCAGCAGAACUCCACAUCUAUAGAUCGGCAGCGUGCACGCAGCCUCAGCUCAGUGCCCGACAUACAACAACAACAACAGCAGCAACAACAACAACAGCAGCAACAACAGCAGCAACAACUACAACAGGGAUCGAGCACGUACCCGAACACACAUCCCGCCGUUUCAGUCUCUGUAUCAGCUAAUUCAAAUAGCAGUAGCUUCCAAACGGCAGCCGGCAACAACAACAGUUCCUCGGCUGCCGCACAGAGCUAUAUGCAACAGCGGCGCGCUUUUGGUGACUCAAUACGCGACAUGUCGAUGACUGGCGCAAAUAUCGUUGAGAGCAUCGCGUUGGCUGCAUCUGCAACAUCAGCGAAUGGCAUUGGCCGUGUUUACACAGCAACAUCGCUUCCAUCGCACAUUUGGUCUUUCAAUGGCAUCAAAUGUCCCGUGUGCAAUAAGUUUGUGUUGCCAGACGAUAUUGAAUGCCAUUUAGUUAUGUGCCUAACAAAACCAAGACUCUCAUAUAACGAGGACACAUUACUCGACGCCAAGGGCGAGUGCGUUAUAUGUCUUGAAGACUUGAGUCCAGGAGAUACAAUUGCUCGAUUGCCAUGUCUAUGCAUAUACCACAAAGGCUGCAUCGACCGUUGGUUUGAGGUGAAUCGCUCCUGUCCUGAGCAUCCUGGAGAUUAGUAAAAAUCUCAAUAGGUUAGAAAGCAGAGGCCAACAUUGUAGAGAGCAUCAAUUGUUAGAAGAAAAUGUAAAGUAAUGCAAAUAGAAAUCGUAAUGGAAAAGGAAAUGUAAAUGGAAAUGGAACUGGAACUGGAUGUGAGCGGAGGAAGCAGAGGCUAAGAGAAACGAAAUUUGGAUCGAGAAAUCGAUCGUUUUGACCUACCGACCGACAGUUUAUGCAAAUCCACAAACACACACAUACACAUACACACACACACGAUUGAAACAAAUUAAUUUGAAAUGCUAGCAAAACUAGCAAAUGCAACGUCAACAAACAAUGGACAAAGGACAAAAGUAAACGAAACCAACCAACCCACAAAAAAUAAAUACUAAAACACGUAUACAAAUCAAAGCAAAAUAAACACAGGAUGUUAAGGAUGUAGUGUAAAGUUAAUAAUGAUGAUGAUAAUGAUAAUGAUAAUGAUAAUGAUGAUGAUGAUGAUGAUGAUGAUGGUGAUGAUGAUGAGAGUAAGUGCAUGUAAGCGAAGCAACCAACCAACCAACAAAAGAAUGUCAACCAAUGUGAUGUUAAAUUUUAUAUUUUGUACUAUGGAUAUGAU